GCAGGCGUCGGGGCGGAGCUAUCGGAAGCAUAGUGUCUGUACGAGUUCAGUGGCGCAGACUUGCACGAUGCCUGUGGACCUGUCUCAGUGGAGCGGGCCUCUGGCCCUGGACGAGGUAGAGGAAAAGCCCGCGCUCCCGCUCAGUGUGAGCUACGGUCCUUUGGCGAUAGAGGAGCUGGGCCAAGUGGUGACCCCUACCCAGGUCCAGAACCGUCCAACCACAAUUUCAUGGGAGGGAAUGGAUAGUAAUAAGCUGUAUACUCUAGCAGUUACAGACCCUGACGCUCCAAGCCGGAAAACUCCAAAAUUCAGGGAAUGGCAUCACUUCCUUGUUAUAAAUAUGAAGGGAAAUGACAUCAGCAGUGGUGGUGUCCUGUCCGAUUACGUUGGUGCAGGUCCACCCAAAGGAACUGGUCUUCAUCGUUACGUCUUUUUGGUCUAUGAACAGAAAGAACAGCUGAAAUGUGAUGAGCGGGUUCUGACAAACCGCUCUGGAGAUCAUCGAGGGUUGUUCAAGGUCCUUUCAUUCCGCAAGAAAUAUGGCCUGGGAAGUCCAGUUGCAGGAAAUUGCUUCCAGGCAGAGUGGGAUGAUUAUGUCCCCAAGCUGUAUGAACAGCUGGCAUCCUAAAAUGUAUAAUUUGCCCCUUCACUGCCCUCUAGAAAUCAAUGUGCUUAACUUUAGAUGGUUUGCGGGUAGUGUGUUUUUUUUAACCUGUCUGCUGCUCAAGAAUAGAGAUGAGCAAAUUUCAUAACUCCCCUGCAUAACAGAAAUGGGGCGUAUCCGUUUUGCAGCCCAUAGACU